ACCAGGAACCAAAAGAGAGAAAAAAGACAGUCAUAGCGUCCAGCCGCGAUUUACAUCAUCGAACAGAACCUUCUAUUGAAGAAACCUAUCAGCAGCGGCCACGUUAGGUCCACAAAAUCAGUGGAACAUUUUAAAGCAAGAAAGAAGAAAUUUCCCGCAGCGGUCGGUUUGCACCGAUCUCGCAUAUCCACUCUCUGAUUGAGGACAUUGCCGAAUCGUUGGUGGCCUGGAUUCCACAAGGAGCAAGCCACUAGACUCUUUUCGCUCUUGGGUUGCAGAACAAUCACAUUUCGUCAACCGUGUUGCAGCAGGGCCUGGCUCGGGGCAUACCUAUUCGGGUCAAUUCAACCAAAGACGUCAACCAAACUCUCUAGGCGAGGUUUUCAGCAAUGCAUAUGCUCAAGCAAAUCAGCUCUUCCUCAUUGGGCCUGCCCGAGGACAGCUACAUUUACUCGAUCGUGCCGUCCUCUCGCACAGGGUUCGCGGCCAUCUCAUCUGAUGACUCGCUACGCAUAUUCGACGCGAACGAACUUAGUCAUGCGUCGUUAGUGGCCUCCAAUGUACACGAUGGAGUCACAUCAUUGCGGACGUAUGACGCGAGCAAUCAGCUAGUGGUCACUGGAGGAAGAGAUGGCAAAGUGAAAUUGUGGGAUCUCCGCAAUGGCAAGAAAUCCGCAGUUGUUGCGGUGCAAUCAUCGAAUCAGGCACCUGUGUUGUCCACAGCCAACUGCUCCGAAACCAACAGCAUCGUCGCGGGGACGGAACUGCAUUCCCACCAGGCAAUUGUUGCAUUCUGGGAUGUUAGAUCCCCAAACCAGCCACGUCUCGAAUACGUGGAAAGCCACAACGACGACGUAACUGAGCUUCAAUACCACCCAAACCGCCACAACAUCCUGCUUUCAGGAAGUACCGAUGGCUUGGUUAACAUCUACAACACAACAAUCACUGAUGAGGACGAGGCUCUUGUGCAAGUGAUCAACCAUGGCUCUGUGCAUCGUGCCGGCUUUAUCAAUGAGCGAACCAUCUACGCCUUGAGCCAUGACGAGACGUUCUCGAUCCACCCAGCUACAGAUCCAGACGAGGAAGCGCAGGAGCCGGAGCCGAUUCAAUUCGGCGACCUGAGACAGCCUCUCAACUGCGAGUACAUUGCGCAGCUCUGCCUCGGCAGCCAGGGGCCAUAUAUCGCCGCGGGUAAUAAAGUUGAUAAACGUCUCGACCUGAUUCCCCUCGCACAGUCUCCCUCGUGGCGCUUCGACGAGCAGAAUCUAUGGCGCCUCCCCGGCGGUCAUGGCGAGGAAGUCGUGCGCUCCAUCCACAUCGAUGAGCAGAAUCAAUCCGUGUUUACCUGUGGCGAGGACGGCCUUGUGCGUGCUUGGAAGCCAGAGGGCGAACAGGGUCAGGAAGCCCAAAUGGGGACGCCGCGGCACAAGGAGAAGAAGACCAAGGAGAAGGCACGAUACAAGCCAUACUAAAUCUUAUGAAUAGGAACUUCGUAUAUGGUUUGUAUGAGUAACUAAGCAUGAGUAACUAAGUAUUGUGCAUGCAGUCAUUACGGCACGA